UGAGAUAAAGGCUGCAGACAUUUGCAGUGGUUCAUGACAAGCUGAAGGUGUGGCACAUGAGCAGAGUCACACUUGUUUCACUUCACAGCAUCAGACCAUCAGGAUACCUGGCUGAGAUCGAAAAAGAAAAAAAGAAAAAAUGGAGCUGGUGACUUCUCUGGAUUAUAGUGCCACUACAGAUUACACGUUCCCCACAGAUGAGCUCUGCAUCCUGGACCCCGACCCCGCGGAUGUCACCGCCCAGACCAUCAUCCACUCCAUCAUCUGUGCCUUCGGCCUGAUCGGCAACGCCCUGGUCGUGAUCACCUACAUCUUCUACAAGAGGACCAAGACCAUGACGGACGUCUAUCUUUUCAACGUGGCGGUGGCAGACCUGAUUUUCGUGGCGUCCCUGCCGUUCAUCAUCUACAACGAGCAGCACGACUGGGCGAUGGGCCCCGUGGCUUGUAAGAUGCUGCGCUCGGCCUACAGCGUCAACCUCUACAGCGGCAUGCUGCUGCUGGCGUGCAUCAGCGGCGAUCGCUACGUCGCCAUCGUCCUGGCCAGACGCUCCUUCGGCGCCCGUUCAAAGGUCCUCGUCUACAGCCGAGCCAUCUGCGCGGCAGUUUGGGUUUUUGCUGUGGCUUUGACUCUGCCCACGUUCAUCUACACCCAGCGCUUCGAAGAGCAAGAUCUGGACAAAGACAGCGUCACCGUCAUGUGUCAGAUGUCGUUCAGGCACAAAGAAACGGCGAAGGUCAUGAAGGUGCUGGUGCCCAGCUGCCAGAUGGCCGUCGGCUUCCUGCUGCCCCUGUGUGUCAUGGUGUUCUGCUACUCCGGCAUCAUGUGCACCUUGCUGCGAGCGCAGAGCAGCCAGAGGCACAAGGCCAUCCGGGUGGUCCUGGCGGUCGUGGUGGUCUUCGUCGUCUGCCACCUCCCCUACAACGUCACUCUGCUGAUCCACACGCUCUCUCUUUUUCAAGUGAGGAGCUGCGAGGCGGAGAGGAUCAAGCUGCAGGUUCUGGCCAUUUUCAAGAGUGUGGCGUUCCUCCACUGCUGCCUCAACCCCAUCCUCUACGCCUUCAUCGGGGUGAAGUUCAGGAGCCACUUCAGGCAGAUCAUGGCGGACAUCUGGUGCCUCAGCAAGAAGUACAUCUACUCCGCUCGCUCGUCACGCAGGACGUCUGAGGUUUGCAUCUCAGGCUUCAAGUCGUCGGAGGGGUCAAACAUGUCAUCCUUCAGCGUGUGACACGUCAGUGGAGGGUGUUACAAUGCUCAGGAUUCACAGAAAUGUAGACUAUUGAUUGUGAUGUUUUCUUUCGUGACAAACCACCGAUUCACCAAAUGAGCCCUCCGUACCGAGGAGGGCUGCUCUGAACCGAUUUAACCUGCAAUCGCCAUAUGAUUUGACGGAAAUGUACAAAUGCUUAAAUGUAUAAUGACCAUGUUUGUAUUUUGGGAUUCGAACCUGUACUUAACAAUCCAAUUUGAACCAGACACAACAGCAAAGAGUUGAUUUUUUUAAUUUCUUUUUCUGUACGUGGCUACAGUUUCCACUAGCUUUCGAUGCUUUCAGUUGUUUCUCCUUAAAUAAAUUUCUUUUUAAAUAAAAAAAAUGUUCAUUUUUUUGGAAUUUUAGCACUAAAAUGCUAGAUACCAUUAAAUUCUCUACAGAUAAUAUCACGUCCAAUAGGUCAACCUGUUAUCUGAAUGUCGACUGAUUUCAUUUUAUUUUGCUGGUCCAAUUUUGUUAACUUGUGACACUGUUGAUUUUCACAUGACUUAUAUGCUUGUUUGACCAAAAACAAUAGAGGAUAGCAUCAUACACUUGGAAAAGGAAGUCAGAUUCAUAUUUUCCCUGAUGUUUUCGCUGUGCCGAGGUCCACACUGGCUUUUAUUCCUUUACCUGAAUGUCUGUGUAUAUAUUUACUGAGCAUAUCGCUUUUUAGAUGAAUUUAUUUUACAAGUUUUCAUAGAUGAUGUUGUAUGUGCUUAUGAUUGUUCUGUUUCUUAAAAAUAAAAAUGAUGAAA